AUGAAAAAUAAUAAUUAUAUAGUAAAAGACAUUUACUAAGAGAAAAAUAAAGGCCGUAUAUAUGAUAUCCAUAAAAAGAAAUUAGAGGAAAUAAACUAAUAGGUAGUUGUUUAACAAUUAAAUUAGUAUCCAAAAUUAGAUGAUUAGAAAGUGAUGAAGAAAUUAUAGGAGAAACAUAAUAUGAUUAAAACAGUUUCAAAAUUUUAUAAUCAAGAAGCUUUUAUUGAAUAAUAAAGAGUCAAUUAGCAUUUAAUUUUGAAAAUAAUGUAGCCUUAAACAAGUAAAACACGAUCUCAACAUAAUCAAUCAAGAAAAGAAUAUGCUAAAAUAAAUUUUGACAAUAAGCGAAUUAGUGAGGAAAAUCGUAGUUUAGCAAAUAGAAUUACAAAUUUACCUCCUGUAAUUGAUACUAAAAAGCAAGACAAGGAUUUUCGAAAACAUUAAAGUGAGGUUGUAUUAAUGUAGAAAUAUCAUGCAACAAAACUUAUUGAACAAUAUGAUUAAAAAACCUUUAGUAUCCUCAAUAAAUUAACAAAUAAUAAAUUUAACAAGAGCAAGUUUGGCAAUUUUAAAUUCUUAUCAACUAUAAAUAAACAAACUAAAUUUAUCAUGAUUAUAAUAUAAGAAAUGGAACUAUUCGGAGUAAAACAUUCCUCAAUGAUGAAUAAAAAUCCUCCUACUUAUUAAUGCUCUAUAUUUUCAGAUUAAAAAUGUUUGUGUAAAAGUAAACCAUUAGAAUAUAAUGAAUUUUUGGAAAACAUAAUUGGAUUCAAUUGCUAGGAUUUUACAUCUAUCUACAUUGUUAUAGAGAAAAUAAAAUAAAAUGAAGAAGUAAUUAUCUGAUUUCAUUUUAUAGUUUUAAGUAGGAGAUGUUAUAUAUUGUGAGAGUUACUCUCAUAUUAAUACUCAUCCCUUUAAGGAUAAUAUAAUUGCUAGGAUUUCUGAUGAAAUUGAUGGUGAAAUAAGAAAGAAUAUCUCAGAAGAACAAGUAAUCAUAGGGAGAUUGAGAUACAAAAUUCUAUAAUUGUGUCAAUAAAGCCAUGAGAAUAAGCUAUAAGUGCCUCCUGCAUCUUAUGCCAUCCAAAUUUAACACUCAACUCCCUAACCCUCUAUCAAAGAACCUGAAGAAAUUCCAUCUUAAUAAUUAAUAUGA